AGUUUGCGUUUUUAACCAGGAAACAAGUCGUACGCGGCUUUAAAGCGGAUUUAUACAGUGACAGCGCUAUAAGACGAGUUGUGAACGAGAAGACGUUUACUUCGAUGCCCUUUUUUUGCACGUAGAAGCAGAACUGGCAUUUUAAAUAAACUUAAGUGUGCGUACUUCGGAUUCGAAGCAGAAGUCUGCCACAGCUGACGUGUAUAUCAGAUAUGUAUGUGAAGAUGAGCUGGCAAACCGCAAGGUAGCUGCUCUUCCAGUUAAACUGCUCAAGAGUUUCUGUUUUAGUUCCUGGUCUGUAUUCAGACUCAACAUGGCAGCGCUCGGUGCUCUGCGCUGGAUGCAAACCUGCGUGAUCCUGCUGCUCUGCCUGUCUGAGCCUCUGCCCGCCGCCCCUCACAGUAAUUACUAUGACACUCUCAAUGUUGAGCCAACAGCAACCGACAGCCAGAUAAAAAAGUCUUUUCGCAAGCUGGCAAUGAAGUACCACCCGGAUAAGAACAAGAGCACCGAUGCAGAGAAGACUUUCAGGGAGAUUGCUGAGGCCUACACGGUGCUCUCCAACAAGGACAAAAGGAGGCUGUAUGACAGUGUGGGCCAUGAAGCUUUUCUACAAAAUGAGGCCUCCGCUGACCAAGAGGACGAGUAUGAGACAAGCUUCUCCUUCAGAUUCUCGGACGUCUUCAGCGUCUUUGAUGAUGGUCCCUUUGUGGAGGAGCCACACUUCCACUGGAGCUUCGAUCAGGCCAUGGAGGAUGAGGAUGCUCAGUUCGAACAUUACAGCUUUGACGGGCCAGAAUUCAGCUUUUAUUUUGGGGAUGAAGAUGAAAAUGAGGAUCACUACUAGAUAGCCAGUAUCUUUUUUUUCUUAUACCCUGUGUGACUUUCAUUGUAUGUUCUUUUAUUGGUAAUAAAGUGGACAAAUUUAA